GCGUGUGUUUCGGUAAAACGUUUGUGGAUGUCGGUAAGUGCUUCCACGAUCGAUUACCGCGGAGUUUUACCGUGCGUUUUGGCCGUAUUGGUGAUGUUGUUUAUGUGUAGUAAAGGGGGGCUUGAAACCGCCGCCCCCUUGCCCCAUUUCGACGGUUGUUUUCGUUCUCGCCUGGAUACUCCAUGUUGUUGCUGCGAAAGUGAGGAGUUUGGGAGCGAAGACGCGGUGAAAACGGGGGUCCACGGCCAAAAAAAACCCGCGAUAGAGGCGGUAAACCGGCCGCACGGAGCUGACAGAGCCCCCCGAAGCCUUCCAUACACCUAAAAGUGCCUUGCGUUAUAAAAAAUAUCGGAUUUGUUAAGAAAAAGAAGCAGGGACGCGCGACAAGAGGACCGAGGCGAGGCUGCUGCUGCUACUGCUGCUGCUGUGCAUAUGACAAGUUGGUGAAUAUUGAGUUAAAAUCGUACCACUAAAAGCCAAUGAGGGAUGCCCAUCCGAUCCCGAGGUCACGAUUUGAGGAUUUUAUUACGGGCUCCGUGGUUUGCAGAUGGAAAGUGUCAUCACCCAAGUGCAGAAAGAAGACGUGCAAGUAUCAAGUAAAACAGCCCCAGGGCGGGUGAGCAGGACCAGUCUCAAGGAGCCACGCAGCUGUAACCUGUGGAGGGCGCUGUUCUGCUGCCUGCGCGCUCAGGAUGGGCCCAAAGCCACGCCCCUUCCUCCUCCUCCUUCACUACAACCGCUACUGCAAGAGCCGCACGACAACGGCACAAUCGUCAAGGAGCCUGAGCCGAGUCUUCUGCCCGAGGUGAAGGCCCAGGAUCAGGGAAAGAUCUGUGUGGUGAUCGACCUGGACGAGACCCUGGUGCACAGCUCAUUCAAGCCUGUCAGUAAUGCAGACUUUAUCGUGCCAGUGGAGAUCGAGGGCACCACUCACCAGGUGUACGUGAUGAAACGUCCCUACGUGGAUGAGUUCCUGAGGAGGAUGGGCGAGCUGUUUGAAUGUGUGCUGUUCACUGCCAGUCUGGCCAAGUACGCAGACCCAGUGACCGACCGUCUGGACCAGUGUGGGGUGUUCCGGGCGCGUCUCUUCAGGGAGUCCUGUGUUUUUCAUCAGGGUUGUUAUGUCAAAGACCUGAGCCGUUUGGGCCGAGACCUGAACAAGACCCUAAUCCUGGAUAACUCCCCGGCCUCCUACAUCUUCCACCCCCACAAUGCUGUCCCAGUGCUGUCGUGGUUCGAUGACCUGGAGGAUGCAGAGCUGCUAAACCUUCUGCCCGUCUUUGAGGAGCUGAGUCGGGCCGAGGACGUGUACUCGUGUUUGGACCAGCUCCGUGGACACUAGCCCCAAAACUCCCCAACUGGACCUUUUAAAACUUCACUCUACAAAAACUACGGCUAACAGCACUAACAGCACCGCUCCAGUGGGUUCAACAAGAGUCUCACACCCGAGCACAAAACUCAAAGCAAGAAUAGGUUGCGUUCAUCAUGGAUAAAUUGCCAACAAUUUUAUAUGGAGUGUACGGGGCGUUAUAUUGAUACUUUACAGUAACAUCACGCUGGGGGUGCUUUACAAAUAUGUCUACGGUUUGUUGAUCUGAUCAUUUAUGGUUGGAGAUAAGGUCCUCGAAUAUGCUGUCGUGUAACUUAAUCUUUCUCAAAUGCCAAAUUCAGCGUGUAGGACUGAAUAAGUUGUCCACUAUUUGAGGAUAUUGUGAAAAGUUACUCAUUAUUUCACUUUUGUUUAUUUAUACUGACUAGUUUGUGUUUCAUGUGAAUAGGCCAAGUAGUUACAGAGGUAUUAACCAUAAACCAGGUUAACACAUCUGUAUUUUGGCAGUUAAAUAUAAACUACCAUCAAAUUCUGACCUGUCUUCCAUCUUACUUUUAAACUACUUUACAUGAACGCAACCUAUUGAAUAAGGCUUAAGAAAUGGACAUUCUUUUGGUUAAACUUGAGAUAUACAACCACUGUUUGAAAGCACAAAGCUGUUGCUAACGUUAGCCGAAAGCGCUUACAGUGGUUAGCAGUUAGCGGUUAGCAAUUGGCACAACGCUAUCAGAGUUAGCAGGAACGUUUGGUGGUUUUUUGCCAAAGCAGAGGCCUUCCUGUGCUGACUUGACUUUUCCAUGUUGUGUUUUUUAUCGUUAUUGUGCCUUUAAGGAACAAUACCAUCAGCCUUUUUAAAACUUUUCAUCAAAUUUUAUACAUUUUAAGUCCGUUCUUUUUAUAGGUUCUUCUUUUAUAAUGAAAUCUAUUUUUAAACAGUGAAUGUGGCUCUUUCUAUGCAACCCAGCGCUACGAUUUAUGAACAGUACCUCGAAAUCAGUCAGAACCUUGGACUGUAUUUUUUAUAGUCUAUGGUCAGAACCAGUGGUAAUUUUGGCAACAGAAAUCCUUUUACCCAAAUACUUUUUAGCGAUAAGAUUUAGUUCGUUUUGUGUCGUUAUAAUCAAAUUAAAUCUUAACACUUAGUCAAUCAUGGACCAUCUACCACAGUUAAAAUUUAAUAAACUUUAGCUUCGUAGUUUUUGAAUUAGCUCAGUGAAUUUAUUGUGCUAAAACGUGCCUGUAAAUAUCUUGUUUGAAGUUGAAGUAUCGCACAAAACCAUUUAUACAUUUAACUUAAAGAGGGGGCACUACACUUUUAUCACAUACAUUUUCAAACACAUAACAUAUUUACAUCACCGUGUUACUUUUAAUUGUUUUGAAAAUGCUAUAUUCACAAACAAGUAUUAACAUGCUUAAUAAGUUGCACUUUCAUUUUUGAUGCUCUGUCUCUUCUCUCGUUGCUCUUCGCACUUAGUCUCUCCCCAUUCAGAGCACUAUCACGACAUAAUCAGUGUGCUUCCCACUAAUGAAACUACUGCACAUCGCAUCAGGUUUGUGAAGUUGUAGUGUAUUGUUUUGUAUAUUUAUGAAAAAUGGUCGUGUGGGAGCAUGGAUGAUGUACUGUUGUGGGCGGAGCCAUGUACAGGAUUGUACUGCUAACUAAGAAGGAUUCGAAUAAGAUCCCGAGAGUGAUUGCUAGAUUACUCAAAAAUCUAUGGAGGCAUUUAAAACCUCUUCAAUGAGGGAUAAGGAAACAACGUUAUAACAAAAAAUUGCUUUUGCAUAAUGCCCCCUCUUUAAGAGAAAUUACUCAAUAUUCCGCAUUUUGCAUUAUUUUUUCCAAACACCAACUGUAAUAUAAUUUUUAUUUUUUUUUAUAAAACUCUCACCUCUUCUUUGACCUUGUACCUAUAUAGGCUGGUAAUGGGUUUCAUUGAUUGAAAUGUAUCAGUUGUCAAAAUUCCCACUGGUCAAGCAUUAGCCUUAUUAUUGAUGUGUAAAUGGUGGUAAAGUGUAUUUUAGGCACUGGCUGUACACAGGUUUUCUACAGUGCUAAAGUAAUACUGAUAUUUGGUUGUGUUAAAAUACAUGUGCAUAUUUCUUUUAUGGACUAUGUAUUGAAAGAAGACACUGGAAGAUCUGAAUGCUGGCACAUAGGAAGCCCAUGAUCACAGAUGGUUUCAGACAAACUUUUGUGUUUUAUUUCAAACACGUGUUUUUAUUCACUGCAAAAACAGAAAUGUCUUCAUUAGUUUUAAGAUUUGAAUUCAGAAUUGAUAGAUUUCAGUAGUUUCAACUUUAAUUUAAUGAAAUUAUAAGCUCUUUACAAUUGUUUAAAUGUAUUAAAGGCGCUGAACCUGAUUUUUAUUGUGAAAAUCAGAAACUAGUUCUUUUUAAACGGUUUGCAGUGCUCCAAAGUUAUUCCUCUCACUUUACUCAUUUAGAGCAUCCUAAUUACUCACCGAGAUGAGUUUAUAAGCACUUUUCACAACUUUCAGAGGCCAGAGUGGAGUAUUGUUUUCACAGUAAAAGUUAAAGACAACUAGCAUGCUAAUGUACUUCCUCAUUCUCAGAUGAGAAUAUGUUACUUUGGGGUUGGUGGACAAUGAUCUAACCACUAAUUUGAGUGUAGUUGUUUCAUUUAAAUGAUGAAUUCAAAUCCUUGUACCUCUUGUAGACACCUCUGUUGUUGCAGUGUGUUCAGUGCUAAACAGACCGGUGCCUUGAUUAUUGGACAGAGUUUUGGCCUUUUGAGAUUUUAGGCCUAAACUUAAGUGUCAUGCUGUGCGUGAAACACUGUCUAAGCAGAGCCACACGGGGGCGCUGCGGAGCUACACUUGAAACUAUCAAAGUGAUGAUUUUGAGAUGUAUUACUGUUUUUAUAUUUAUUGGAUGAGUUUGUCUCGCCCAAUACUUUUUUAAUGCAUUUUGUAUUGUGAUCAUUCAGCCUGUAUUUAGGCUCGCCUUGUUUAAGUAGAUUUGUGCCUAAAGUGUCCUCUUCCCUUUCAUCUGUGCAGUGGUGGAAAGAAGCAAAGUACUAAAGUAAAAGUACAGUACUGUUUUUAAUUUAUUAGGUAUCUGUACUUUACUACAAGUCAAGUUUGCAGCAGAAAAUGGGGUUGUCAGAAGUAUCAAAAAUGAGAUGUUUAUUGACAAAAACUAUAAACUGGAAAGUAUUGAUAGGCUACUGGGGAAAAAAUACAGUACCAGAACAAAAUUUGACAUUUCUUGAGCAUCCAUCCAUUUCUUCCUCUUAUCAGGGGGCGGGUCGCAGGGGCAGCAGUCUAAGCGGCGACUCCCAGACUUCCCUCACCCCAGACUCUUCCUCCAGUUCUUCCGGUAGGACCCCUGGCCAGCUGCAUUUCUUGAAUAAUUUUAGAGUAAUCUCGAUUCGAUUUGACCCACAUUACAAAAUACUACCAUGAAAAUAAUAAUGUAUUGUGACUAUGGAAAUCAUUAUUAAAGAUUGAGCCUAUUUUUUGGUCAAAAUCAAGUUUGAAAUGGUAGUAUUGUGACACUAGUGGAAACUAUACUUUUUACUUCACUACAUCUAAGAGCAAGUAUCUGUACUGUGUCUACUCCACUACAUUUUUUACUGCCUGAAAUUGCUAAGGAGUACUUCUUAACAUGUUAAAGAAUCUGCAGAAUUCUUUAUCCAGACCACUACAGUAUCGCUUUAACGCCUCACAAAAUGUAUGUUAAACACUUUUUACUCCAAAAGUACAUUUUUAAACAGGUACUUCUACUACUUUUACUUAACGGCACUCUGUAACCUUUCUGAUUGAGGGUCCGCCAUUGUUCUGUCUCCAUGGAGAUGUUACUGCUUUGCCUGGAAUGUUCCGCAGUAUGGGAGUAAAACGUGUCCGUCUUCCCUUUAUUCAAGUGUUUUCAUUGCUGUGACUGGUGUUGCCUCUCCAGAGAUCUGAUCUGUAACAUGGCCUGAGUGCAUCACCAGCUUGUCUACAUGUGUUGAUGAGUUUAAUGCCAUACUGCGUAACAUUCCAGGCGAAACUAUAAGUACUUGUUCCACCACUGCGUUGUUGUGACAUGCAGUUUUCUCGUGCAUGUCCCUCUCUCCACUGGUCUCUUUGUGUUGGCACAGUUUUGCAUGUUAAAGAUGAAAGUACAAAUGUUGUGAGGAAUGACCAAAUACUCGGCAGCCACAAUGUAAAGUCUAUCUGAAUCCAGCUCAUUUCUAUCUGAUCGAACCAAAUGAAAAAAAGAAAAAAGAUGUUACUCAAAAAUGUUUUUCAAAAAUAAAAAAUAAGAUCUUAAAUUUUAA